AUGGUGACCGAAAUCAAUGGGAGUUCGCUAUAUACAUCUGGCCGAGGAGGCAGGGACAGAUCUAGGCGUGAUCACCCGCCGUCGGGAAGCUCGAGUCGGAGUAAUGCGCCGCCGUCGAGACACCUUUGGGUGGGGAAUAUAUCACACAGUAUACUACAGCCGGACCUGACGGAGCACUUCUUGCAGUUUGGGGAGCUGGAGAGCGUCGCAUUUCAGCCUGGUCGAAGCUACGCUUUUAUUAAUUUCAUCAACGAUGACGAAGCUAUUUCCGCUAUGAGGGAGCUCCAAGGUUUUCCCGUAGCGGGGAUUCCGCUUAGGAUUGAGUUUGCCAAGGCGGAUAAGUCAUCAACACCAUCACGCGAUGAGGACUUCUUGCAACAUCGAGAUGAGCAACGUUCAAAAGUAAGAGGGUCGGCUUUCUCUCCAAGGGACAAUAGAAUACGUUGUACUAGCCCUGAACAUUUUACCCAUGACAAAUCAAAGGGGAGUGAUAGAAGUGGUGAUCCCAGUGAGGUCCUCUGGAUAGGAUUUCCAGCUUUAUUGAAAGUGGAUGAAAUGAUUUUGAAAAAGGCUCUCUCUCCAUUUGGUGAGAUAGAGAGGAUUACUGUGUUUCCGGGACGUAGCUAUGCUUUUGUUCGCUUUAGGCGCUUAUCAUCAGCUUGCAGGGCAAAAGAAACUCUUCAGGGGAAGUUAUUUGGUAAUCCCCGUGUGCAUAUCUGUUUCGCAAAAAGUGAUGGUGGGUCAUCCACCAGUGGAAGGGGCUCAGUGAAUGCCCCCAACUCUCCCCGUUUCAGGUCAAAUGGUCGCUUGGGGUCUUCUGAGAACUUUCUGCAUGAUAGGAGCUAUGCAGACUUACCAGAAGAUGCAAGCAUCAGAUCUCCUUAUAUGUCAAAUUACGAUUCUGGUGAUGUUGAUGUCUACAGUUCCAAGAGGAAAAGUAGUUCAUGGACUGGUGGAAAUACGUAUGAACCCUGGAGAUUUGGGGAAGGGGAGCCUGAUCCUCGAGUACCACAAGAUAUGUAUGAACAUAGUAAAAGUCCAAUGAGGUACCAGGAUUAUCCUCCAAAAUUACCUCAAAAAAAUGCAUUCUACGAAGAACCUUGGGAUAUGCCUGAAGACAACUAUCCCGUCCAUGGUGCCAAGAAAAUGAGAACCGGUUCCUUUCCUCCUGAGAAAGAGUUACCAGAGUACACUUUAUCUGAUCUUGAACAAGAAAAACGUGUUUUUCCAAGGAUGCUCUCUGAUAUUCCUCAACCUGAAGCCUUUGAUAAGAACUUUGAGCCGUCAGCUUUGUGGUAUAAACAGAUUCCUGAUCGGCCAACGAGUUUUACCCCGACUCGUGGAGAAAGGAAUGAUCACUGGAAACAAUCUUAUGAUGGUUUUCAGGUAGGUUCUGGUUUUCUACAAUCAAAUAUUGCUGAGAGGAAAAUAUUUACUCAGGAGCUGGAUCAGCCAUCAUUGAAAGAGUGGAAAUGGGAGGGGACAAUAGCCAAGGGUGGAACACCUGUAUGUCGUGCUCGCUGCUUUCCUGUUGGAAAAGUACUUGACAUGAUGCUGCCUGAAUUCUUAGAUUGCACAGCAAGGACUGGUUUAGACAUGCUUGCAAAGCAUUAUUAUCAAGCGUCUAGUGCUUGGGUUGUUUUCUUCGUUCCAGAAAGUGAUGUUGACAUGGGAUUCUAUAACGAAUUCAUGAAUUACCUGGGAGAGAAGCAGCGAGCAGCUGUUUCCAAAUUAGAUGAUAUAACCACUUUAUUUCUUGUACCACCAUCAGAUUUUUCCGAUAAAGUACUGAAAGUACCUGGGAAACUGAGUAUUUCAGGUGUUAUUUUGAGAUUAGAUCAUUCUGGUUCCACCGGUUCUGCUCAUCCGGGUGAAAGAAGCGAUUCAAACUCGCUGCCUUUUUAUGGGGAUACAUCUUUUGCAAAGCCAUCAACAACUUCAGGGCCAUUUCCUUCUAUGCCUUAUCCAGAAUUAAGUAGGCAAGGCAUUAAGGAGGUCUCCUACCCUGGGAAUGGGGCAACAUCAGCUCCACCUGUUUCACUUUCCGGGCCUGCUCAUUCUGUUGGAAAUGUAUCGGACUUGUAUAAUGAGCACAGGCAUGAUUAUGCACCCCAGCAAAACGCAAUGUAUGGACCAGGCUGGUCUUCUCUCGAUCAGCAGCAUCUGGUUUCUGUCAACAGAAGUGGUCCUCAAGUUUCCAGCUUUGAUCCAGCAAUUCAGGGGCAUCAAUCAGUUAUGCCAAGAGCAGUGCAAGAAACAUAUUCUAGUACGGGAGGAAGUUCUGGGAUUCCAUUAUCUGGAAAUGUCAAGCCCUCUAUGCCGAUUAAUGCCCUUCAACCAGAACAACUAGCACAACUAGCGUCAUCUCUUAUCGGGCAGCAAGGACAGGUCGGGAUUGUUGCAAAUGCUUCGAUGGGGGAGAAUUUUCGGCACAUAAACACAAUGGACCACUCCGACAUGAUGAGACAACAACAGGGAAUGGGAUUCGGUUUACCAAAUAACCAGGUUGUUCCGGAGCUUUCAACAUCUCAGUUUUCUCAACUGCAGCAGUUGCAACAGCAGCAGACAUCGAAUUCAACUGCAGCAGUGUCUCAAGCAACUCAAAGAAGUCAACAACUGCAAAGUACUGGCAUACCGGAGGAAGGCGAUGGGGAUCCACAGAAACGCUUGCAAGCAACAUUACAGCUAGCAGCAGCUCUUCUUCAACAAAUUCAACAAGGGAAAGGGACUUGAACGAACUGCUCCUGGAUUCAACUUGGACGUGUUGGGUAACAUCUA